UUUGAAAAAUAAUAUCUUCCAUUAUCCAGUUUAUUAUACCUUCAACUAAUGGCGUACAGAUUUUAACGUUGAUAUUUAUUAUUUUAUUAUCAUUUUUUAAAGAAACCAUAUAUAGACAGUAAAACACUGUUUAUGGCAGCUUGUAAUCAGACGUCAAGAGAUUAAACUUGACACGAGGUAUCUUUGGCUGGAUCUGUAUGUAUCUGCCCUUGUCAAGUAUGUGUUUCUUUUGUUUAUCUUCAGCAAUGUUAAUUACUGUUUUACGCUCACACCUAUGCCAACAUAUCUAACCAGAAUCGUCAGUGGAACGCUGGCAUUUAAAAAAAAACGGUCAAUCGAUAUAUAAGUGGAGCUUGUGUUCAGACACACUGUGAGCUGGCAGCCGCAAACAUGUGGGUUUUUGGUUACGGAUCUUUGAUUUGGAAAGUUGACUUUCCGUACGAGGAGAAACGAGUGGGCUUCGUCAAAGGUUUUAGUCGCAGGUUCUGGCAGGGAAGUACGGAUCAUCGAGGGGUGCCUGGAAAGCCUGGGCGAGUGGUGACAUUAAUAGAGGAUCCUGAGGGUUGCGUAUGGGGUGUCGCUUAUAAGCUGCCAUCAGGCCGAGAAAAGGAAGUGAAAGAGUAUCUCGACUACCGAGAGAAAGGCGGGUAUGGUGUGAUUACAGUUACGUUUCAUCCCAAAGAUGAAGAACACCAACCAAUGCAGGACACAUUGCUCUACAUCGGAUGCUGUAACAACCCAGAUUACCUUGGCCCAGCGCCUUUGGAGACAAUUGCUCAGCAGAUAGUGAAGUCCGUAGGCCCCAGUGGCAAGAAUACAGAUUACCUGUUUGAGCUCGCCGAUGCCCUCAGGCAACUAGUUCCUGAAGACUUCGAUGAUCACCUGUUCUCUUUGGAGCGUCUUGUGAAGGAGCUGCAGGAGCAGAAGGAGAUGGAGUGAUCUGCUAUAGUCUAUGUUGUCCUCAAUCUUCUGAAGAACUCGGGAAUUUAGUUUUUUGCUCAUUUAUCAACUAUAUUGACAGCUGAUGCAAACUAAAAGGGAUUACCUGGUAAAGCGUUAGAUAAGCAUUAUUUAAACUACUGUUCUGUUUUUUUUUUAAAUAGGAUUAUUUACGGCAGUUUCUUUACUGAACAUUUUGAUCUACACUUGAUUUUGUGACAUUUCACAUUAUUUGUCUUGUGUUAAACAUUGAUACACGUAUCAGGUACAUAAAUCGAUUUCAGUUUUCAAGUCGUUACGUCCAUGAAAAGGCAAAUGAAGGGAUGUUAAUUUUCAGAGGCCGGUUUAUUUUACUGAGGAAACUUGAAUAUGUUACAAAGCCAUUUCUAUUUAUUUCUUAAUUUCUUACCAUCCUUACCUCCAAAUAAGCCAUGGCAGGGUGAAUCUCAUGAAUAUGUUCACAUCAUGUUUCAAAAAAAUAAAAAUAAAAUAAAAUAUAUAUAUAUAUAUAUAUAUAUAUAAAAUGAACAAACUGACAUGUUCUUGGGAUCAUUAAGAAUUAUUUUUGCAUUGUGUAACAUUUUAUAUAUAUAUUUUUCUGGUAUGUGUGGGUUCAUGGGUUCAUUAUGAUUAUGUCAAUGCAAAAAGUUUUCUUUCAUUAAAAACAAAACAAAAAACAAAACUAUUUGCCGGUUUUACAGACAAGGCUUAAAGGGAUAGUUCACCCAAAAAUGAAAAUUCUGUCAUCAUUUAUUCACCCUCAAGUUGUUCCAAACCUGUAUACAUUUCUUUGUUCUGCUGUGCACAAAGGAAAAUAUUUGGAAGAAUGUUUGUAACCAAACAGAUCUCGCUCCCCCAUUGACUACCAUAGUAUUUUUUUCCACUACUAUAGUAAAUAAUGACAAUUUUCAUUUUUGGCUGAACUAUCCCUUGAAGACAGUCUUAACUGAAAGCAACAUGCACUGACAUAUCAUACAGAUAUCAUAUUAUACAAAUAUGUCAGUGCCAUUGUUUUGUCUCAAGAUGCACACCAGUAAUGUUUUUUUUUUUUUUUUCUUCUCUCUCUAAGGCACGUCAAUAAAAGCUAUUUAAAUGUAAUAAUUGAGGCCUAAUUCCUGGCUUAUUCCAAGCCCUGUCUGUGAAACCAGGCCUAAAUGGUAAAAUAUUUUGGAAUAUAUUAAACAGAAUUUGUGAGAUUCACCCAAUUUACCACUUUAUUUAUUACUCUACCACAUGUCUGUUGUUGUACUGAUAACAUUGUGUACUAGAUAUUUAUUGAAUUUACUACAAUGUUUCAACUGCUAAUGUCUCCAAGAGUCUUUGUUUAUAAUAAUUAUACUAGCUAAAGGAGCAAUGUGUAAAUUGUAGUGACACCUAGCGGUGAGGUUGCGAACUGCAACUAACGGCGCACACCCCUCCCUUUCAGAGAAGCUAUACGGUGGCCGUCUAUGAAAACAUAGUUAUGUAUAUUAUAUUGCAUUUCUGUCUAUAGAUCCUCCCAAAUUUUACACACUGCACCUUUAAUAGAUACUUUGACAUAUUUAUUGAGAGACCCAGAUAAAAAAAAAAAAAGAAAGAAAUGACAACAUUGUGGGGAAAACAAUGUUUGUAUUUUUAAUUUGUUAAAAACAAUAAUACAUUUAUUGGCCUUGAGAGUAAAACAAAGCAAACAUCUAAAAAAAUAGAGAAAAAUCACUGCAGUUUUGGCACUAAGCUAAAUAAUGUUUCUGUUAUGUACACUCCCGAAUGUAAAACAGAACUAACCUUGGUAGAACCUGAAGCCCUUCCUGGCGCUGUGUGUGAUUCAGAGAAUAAUCUAAAGGCUGAGGCUGGAGUAAAUUGUGACAGAACAACAAAAACAAUCCUGGUCACUUGCCAAUAAAAAUGGCUCAAAACAUGAUCCACCCAGUCAUUAUUCAGUCAAACUACAAACAUGCACACUCAAACCGACAUGCAUAUGCAUACGCUGCCUUUCUCCAACACGCACAAUUCUCACACUAGAUCUGGUCAGGCUGUUCUCGCUAGAAGACGCGUCAGUCGUUUAUGCAUAGAUAAAUGCAUAUGUACAAUACAUAAAUGCAUACAUACACAAAUACACAAACACAUAGGACAAAAAAACAAAACCCUGUUAUGAUGGCAAGUGAGCAGAGAGCUACAGGACAAAGUCACAGCAACCUUCCGACGCACAUACCACAAUAGCGUCACAGUACUCAGACUUGCGUCCUCAUGUGAUGAUAAAAAAAAAUUAGGGCUCAGCCCGAAUCUAUUCUUCAUCGACUUACUGAUGCCAGUCUAGCGUAGAGCAACCAUAGCCAACAUUUUUCCAAAGAGGCGCAUGCCGCAAGUCGAAAAGAGGCUCUCUCUAUGUCACUCAACCAAGAAUCACAUGCUGCUAGCUGUAAAAUGUUUAAAGACAACAAAAUGCUAAAAGAUGAAAAAUAAUCCAGUGAAAUGCAGUGACAAUUCUAAACAAUGGAUUCAAUCACUGAACCAUCUUAACAUGCUCAGAUCGCUGAGAACCUCUAGUCAAAAGAACAUGACGGGGGCUUUGGAGUUGGAUUUAUGGGGCAACCCGUAGGCAUUCUGUCCUUCAUCACGCAGUUAAUGUCAACACAGGAUUAGAGAGGGAAAAAAAAAAAAUUCUAUCUGUACAACAAUAUUACAGACUGCAGGCCGUACAUCCCUGCGCUGGUAAACCUUAAAUAUUAAGUAUAGUUGAAAUGCAAAAAUAUGGGCUAGAUAUAUACAUACAAACAGUACGUACAGAGUAUAUUUCUUAGUCAUUAAAAUCGCUCGCUUCGCUCCAUACGACUCCUUCAUGCCUAUACGUCUGUUCUGCUGUAGAUGCUGAGAUCCUGAGCGUCUGUGUCCUCCCGUCACAUCCUCAUGAAUGCAGAAGAUAUUUUAUUUGAAUAUAAAGUAAAAAAAAAAAAAAAAAAAAAAAAAAAAACUAAAA